CCUUUUGUACGAAAGUCAAAAUAAAACUGGGAAUUUUGGAAAACAAAUAUUUAAAGAAAAUUCUUAGGUUUAAUUUGAAAAUAUUUUGCUAAAUAAUAUAUUAUAAAAAUAGUUAAAAAACCUACACUAAGAUUUCCGCAGAAAUUUCAAAUGUGGCUGGCGCUUUCGAAAGGCCCGUCCUCUCGGCCGCUCGGAUUCUGCGCUCUGUGGCGAAAGGAGCCGAAAGGACCAAAAAGGACGAGGCGUCCGAACUUGUGAAUGGCGCCCGGAGCGAGGAAACGAGCCAGUUGGCGAUGGAGGAUGAAGCGCGGGGGAGACGGAGAGCCAGGACUCAGCAAGGAGCAGGGAUUCAGGCGGCGCGAGUGAGAGCGAGCCAUUCGUGAAUAUUUCAUGAACGAUGGCAGCCCGCUUCGUGCCACCGAUGGCCGAGGUCCUUUGCGGCCGAAGAGAAAUGUAGGGAAACGCAUCCCGACGUCGUCGUCCUCAUCGGCGGCAGAGGAGCGACAGCGGCCGGAGCGGCAGCGGCAGCGAUUUUCCCAGCAGCAGCAGCAGCGGGAAAAUCGGCAGCAGGAAAAUCGGCAGCCUUUCUGCCGUCGUUGCAGUGGCAGCAGCGCCUCCGAAUUUUGGCCAAUGCGUGUGCUCCUGGCGUUCAGUAAGAAAAGCGUCGCCCAGCGGUCUAGUACGAACGUGUACCGAACGCUUUGUAUAUCCUGUAAAUUAUAUCCUGUGUGUGCGAUUGAUCUCGUCUGCCUGACACAACAGAAAAGAAAGAAUAAUUUGCGAUUACUGGCAGGCAGAAGGCGAAGGAAAUCCCUGAAACGAUAUUACAAGCCAAGUGCGCUUGAGUUCGUGUAUUUCCGGUUGAACAAACACAUAAGCGAAACAUAAAGGAAAGGCGGAGUAAAAAAAAAAAAUAUAAGAAUUUUCUCAUGCCCCAUACUUAUGCCAAUAAAUAUAUAAAUGUAUAUGUAGUAUAUAAGGCGGAGUAAAAGCAGCCAGCACGAAAAGUGAAAAUACAUAAAGGAGAGUUGAGGCGAGAGCAUAUUUCAUACAGAAAACAGAACACCAGAGGCGAGAGCCAGAGAAAGCUGGCGACAAAGGCUAACGCACGACCUUUGGCACCGAGUUCAGAUCCAGCGGAGGGGUCAGCGAAUCAAUAGAGACAAAGACACGGCAACUGCAUCCCCAUACCCGAGACCAGUUUCGAGUCUAGCGACCAAAAUUCACUCGCAAAUAAUGCUGACCAUGUCGACCCUGAUGAUGCCAGCCCCGACCAUAGCCAUGGGUGCCCCGCAGAUCACAAUGGGUCCGCACAAGCCCCCGGAAACAAAGCUGCUGGCCAUCCAUCCCGCAGCAGCGGCCGCCGCAGCCGCCCAGCAGCAACAGCAGCAGCAGCAGCAGUCGGUGACAGCCGCCCAUUUGCAGCACAAUGGCCAGCAGCAGCACUCGCAGCAGCAGCAGAUGUCGCAGCAGCAGCAGCAGCAACAGCAGCAGCAGCAGCUCGUGGGCAGCAACUCCAAGCCAGAACAGUUUCACAUUUUUGUGGGCGAUCUGAGUGCCGAAAUCGAGACGCAACAGCUGAAAGAUGCUUUCACCCCAUUCGGAGAAAUAUCAGACUGCAGAGUUGUGCGUGAUCCGCAGACAUUGAAAUCCAAGGGCUAUGGCUUUGUCAGCUUUGUCAAGAAAUCGGAGGCGGAAACCGCUAUCACUGCAAUGAACGGUCAAUGGCUGGGCUCUCGCUCGAUACGCACAAAUUGGGCCACACGAAAGCCGCCGGCAACCAAGGCAGACAUGAACGCCAAGCCGCUGACCUUUGACGAGGUCUACAAUCAGAGCAGCCCCACCAAUUGCACUGUCUACUGUGGCGGCAUCAACGGAGCCCUCUCCGGCUUCCUCAACGAGGAGAUACUGCAGAAGACCUUCUCGCCCUACGGCACAAUACAGGAGAUACGGGUCUUCAAGGACAAAGGAUAUGCAUUUGUGCGCUUCUCCACCAAGGAGGCGGCCACCCACGCCAUUGUGGCCGUGAACAACACUGAGAUCAACCAGCAGCCGGUGAAGUGUGCGUGGGGCAAGGAGAGCGGUGACCCCAACCACAUGUCGGCCAUUGCAGGCGGGGCUCUGGCCCAGGGAUUCCCCUUCGGCUCGGCGGCAGCGGCGGCCGCAGCAGCGGCCUACGGACAGCAGGUGGCCGGAUACUGGUACCCGCCGGCACCCACAUAUCCGGCGGCAGCCCCCGCCAGCGCCCUUCAGCCGGGACAGUUCCUGCAGGGCAUGCAGGGAUUCACCUACGGUCAAUUCGCCGGCUACCAGCAGGCGGGAUACAUGGGAAUGGGCGUCCAGCUGCCGGGCACCUGGCAGAGUGUGCCGCCCCAGCCCCAGCUGGCCAGUGCAGCAGCCGCCACCGCGCCGCAGAUCACACAGGGCGUGGGCAGCGCACUGCCACAGGCGGCCGGAGUGGUUGCCUAUCCGAUGCAGCAGUUCCAGGUCAGUCCACAGCUGGCGGAGGACGAGUGGCUGGCGCCCAGUUUGCUCGUGUAGCUGCCAUGAGGGAUGGCCAUGUAUCCCACACAGCAGCAGCAGCAGCAGCAGCAGCUGCAGCAGCAACAUGAGCAGCAGACGUCCGGGGAAUAUGUGAAGGAGCCGCCCUACCAAGCGCAGCAGCUGCAGCACCACCAGC